AUCCAGGGUGAAUGAAUUGCAUAAAGAUACACAUCAUCAUUUCCAACUUGGAGCGUUUCCAUUUUUAUUAAGGCCAAUAGGAGCAUAACUUGGAGAAGUCGCACUCGCAAAAUACCGAGUGCGAGGCGGCGCCCGUGCGCAAUCCCCACGCGGAGGCAACCCUCAGCAAGUUGCCUUGCAAAGAACCACGACAAAUCCCUUUUAAAACCUCCACACGCUGGCGAUUAACUGUCCUGCUCGUCAAUAUGGCAAUAGACUGGCAACAACCCUUACCCUAUGUGCCCAGACCACAGUGUUUAUCACAUGAUAAAUGUUCUGGGCGAAAGUCUGCACCUUGAUAUCACGAUGAUCUUGGACAGCUAUUGUGAAGGGAAUGGCAUGAUGCCCGAGACAGCUGCAACAAAUGAACAGGAUGGAGAGCCAUUGCGCCAACCAAGGUACGAGGCGCUCGGCGAGGGAGGAAGGAUGCUUCACAUGGUCUGUGUCUUUAUGGUAUCUUCCUCCCAAAGAUCAAGGACCAGAAAGAUGAAGAUUCCUGCUUCUGCGAGAAGACCAUCCGGGCUUGCAAGAUGUUACGGCAUACUAUUCAGCAGAGAACUCGCGCACGAAGCAAACCCUCCCCGACAGCGUAUCUUCGCCGUCAGUAAUGAUUAAAUCACCAUCACAUCAGCUAGAAUCCAAGCACCUCAUGGUAGGGUCCCCUAGUUUGAGAAAAGCCGGGAAUUGAACCACUGGGACAUAAAGAGACCCAUGAUUCUUUGACACGAGAUAAUGGCCUCUUUGACGAGGUCUGGGUCAGGUCUUGCCCGAAUGGGGAACCGUCUUAUCAUGGACACCAAAAUAUUGAUCGUGGUUUUCAGCACAGCAUGCACCACAUGAAGCUAGUCACUCGACUACUAAGAGCCUGUUCCG